AUGGCCAGCGAGUCGGAGAAGCCCCGUCCUCCCUCAGGGUCCACAAUGGAUGCCCUACGUGUCGAAAAAGACGAAGGCGAUGGAAUUUCUUACAACAGUGGAACCGUCACACCAUCCCCCUCCGGCCAUGGCUACGAAGACAUUCACGCACACCCGCGCCGGCACUCUACAAUAGACCCCUCAGCCAGAGAGGAAAUCACUGAGCUCGCCCGACGCUUCUCCAGACUCUCUACAUACACGGUGCCGAAAGAUGGCGAGGUCGAGAACCCGUUCAACUCGGACAACCCGGUCCUGCAGCCAGGUUCGGGCAAGUUUAACCCAAGGGCGUGGGUGAAGACAAUGAUGCACCUGCAAGACAGAGACCCAGAGAGAUAUCCAAAUAGAACGGCAGGUGUUACAUUUAAAAACCUGUCUGUUCAUGGGUUUGGAAGUGCGCUGGAUUAUCAGAAGGAUGUGUCCAAUGGGUGGAGAGAUGCAGUGAGCGGGAUGGAAAAGAUAUUUUCUGGGGAUAGACAUAAGGGCGAGACAAAGAUUCAGAUCUUGAGGGAUUUUGAUGGGGUGGUGAAGAAUGGAGAGAUGCUGGUUGUGUUGGGAAGGCCUGGAAGUGGUUGUUCAACUUUCUUGAAGACCAUUGCUGGGCGCACUCAUGGUCUCUAUGUUGGUUCAGAAUCGGAGAUCGAAUAUCAAGGAAUCCCACAUGAAAUGAUGCACAACAACUUCCGCGGUGAAGCAAUUUACAACGCCGAAACAGAUGUCCAUUUCCCCCAUUUGACAGUCGGCCAGACACUCUCUUUUGCUGCACAAGCCCGCGCCCCUCGUAAUCGUUUCCCCGGUAUAACUCGUGAACAGCACAGCGACCACAUGCGGGACGUUGUCAUGGCCGUUUUUGGUCUCUCCCACACCUUCAACACUAAGGUCGGAGAUGACUUUGUCAGAGGUGUGAGUGGUGGCGAGAGAAAGAGAGUUAGUAUUGCGGAAGCCUCUCUUGGCGGGAGUCCGCUGCAAUGCUGGGAUAACAGCACAAGAGGUCUGGACAGUGCUACUGCGCUCGAGUUUGUCAAGACCUUGAGACUGCAGAGUGAGCUGGCGGGGUCAACGAUGCUUGUGUCCAUGUACCAGGCUUCCCAGAGCUCCUAUGAGCUGUUCGAUAAAGUUAUCGUGCUAUACGAGGGCAGGCAGAUCUAUUUUGGCCCCACCGAGAGCGCAAAGGCCUUCUUCAUGAAUAUGGGUUUCCACUGCCCGCAACGACAAACAACCGCGGAUUUCCUUACAUCCCUGACCAGCCCGAGCGAACGUGAGGUCAAGCCAGGCUUCGAAAACAGGGUUCCCCGUACUCCCGAUGAGUUUGCAGAUGUCUGGAAGAAGAGCGCAGAGUGCAAGAGGCUUCUGCAGGAUAUUGACUCUUACAAGCAACAGUACCCGGUCGCCGGCGAGCAGUUGGAGAAGUUCAAGCAGUCAAGAGCGGCCCAACAGGCGAAAAGAAUGCGGAUUGAGUCUCCCUACACUAUCUCAGUACCCAUGCAAAUAAAGCUGUGUAUAAAACGUGGCUUCCAGCGGUUGGGGGGUGAUCUGACAAACUUUUGCAAUACGUUUCUUCUUGAGGGGGCCUUGCUUUUUUUCGCAGUUCUGAUGAAUGCUUUUGCUAGUAUCUUGGAAAUUCUCACUCUCUACGCUCAACGUCCCAUCGUCGAAAAACACACGCAAUAUGCUCUUUAUCAUCCGUUCGCCGAAGCCGUUGCAUCCAUGAUAUGUGAUCUCCCGGCGAAAAUUAUCGUGACGCUCACCUUCAAUACAACGGUAUAUUUCAUGGCCAACCUUCGUCGUGAGGCCGACCACUUCUUCAUCUUCCUGCUUUUCUCGUUCACAGUCACACUCUGCAUGUCCAUGAUGUUCCGCACCAUUGCUGCCUUCUCGCGUACCAUCUCGCAAGCCAUGGCGCCCGCCGCUGUACUGAUUCUCCUGUUGGUGGUCUAUACUGGUUUUGCCAUUCCCGUCCGCGACAUGGCGGUCUUCCUGCGCUGGUUUAAUUACCUUAAUCCAAUCGCAUACGCUUUUGAGAGUUUGAUGGUUAACGAAUUCCACGGACGUGAGUUUGGGUGCUCUAUCUAUAUCCCAUCGGGGCCUGGAUAUGAGAACGUCACCCCUGAUCAACAAUCAUGUAGUGUCAAGGGCGCCGUCACGGGAAGGUCCACAGUCAACGGUGGUAACUAUAUUUCCACCACCUAUGAGUAUGAGCACGGACAUCUCUGGCGCAACCUCGGCAUUAUCCUCGCGUUCAUGAUCUUCUUCCUGUUUACAUAUCUUGCUGGCACAGAGUACAUUGCUGCGGCGAGGUCCAAGGGUGAAGUUCUGCUGUUCCGCAAGAAGCAUCUCCAGAAAAUGAGGAAACAAGGUGUUGACGGAGAAGCCAUUGCUACGGGACGGCCGGUGGUGGCACAAAAUGCGACCAGCGAGAAGUUGGCGGCGAUUCAAAAACAGACAGAUAUCUUCAUGUGGAGGGAUGUGUGCUAUGAUAUUCAGAUCAAGAAGGAACACAGACGUCUCUUGGAUCAUGUGGAUGGAUGGGUUAAGCCUGGAACUUUGACUGCGCUGAUGGGUGUCUCGGGAGCUGGAAAGACUACGCUCUUGGAUGUUCUUGCUAGUCGAGUUACCAUGGGUGUUGUUACCGGUGAUAUGCUCGUCAAUGGCCAGCAGCGGGAUGAGUCUUUCCAGCGGAAAACCGGGUACGUUCAACAGCAGGAUUUACAUCUUCAGACCACCACUGUACGAGAAGCUUUGAUCUUCAGUGCUUUAUUGCGCCAACCAAAAACUACGCCUGAGAAGGAGAAACUGGACUAUGUUGAAGAGGUCAUCAAGCUUCUGGAAAUGGAGGAAUACGCAGAAGCAAUCGUCGGUGUACCUGGAGAAGGACUGAACGUGGAGCAGCGGAAACGCUUGACAAUUGGUGUUGAGCUUGCCGCAAAACCUGCACUCCUACUCUUCCUCGACGAACCUACUUCCGGUCUUGACAGUCAGACAGCCUGGUCCAUCUGCGACUUGAUGAGGAAACUGGCAAACAGCGGGCAGGCAAUUUUGUGCACUAUCCAUCAACCGUCGGCCCUUUUAGUCCAGAAUUUUGACCGCCUAUUGUUCCUUGCCAAGGGUGGUAAGACAGUGUACUUUGGAGAGAUUGGUGAGAACUCACACGUCUUGACUGGAUACUUUGAGAAGAACGGAGCGCACCCUUGCCCUCCUGACGCAAACCCGGCUGAGUGGAUGCUUGAGGUCAUUGGUGCUGCACCGGGAGCUGUUUCUGCCAGGGACUGGCCACAGGUUUGGUUGGAUAGUCCUGAGCGGGUUGCGGUUAGGAAGGAACUGGAUGAUAUGCAGGCAGAUCUUGGAGGCCGCGGAGGCUCAACUGAUGGACAUAGCCAUGAGGAGUUUGCGAUGCCGUUCUCGUACCAGUUGAAGAUGUGCCUCAUGCGUGUAUUCCAGCAAACUUGGCGCACACCGUCCUAUAUCUAUUCGAAGAUCUUCCUUUGCACAGCGACAUCCCUCCUGAUUGGUCUCUCCUUCCUUAACUCCGAGAAUUCCCUACAAGGCCUCCAGAACCAGAUGUUCUCCGUCUUUUUGUUCAUGACAAUCUUCGGUACCAUCGUUGAACAGAUCAUGCCUCACUUUGUGAUCCAGCGCAGUCUCUACGAGGCUCGAGAGCGUCCGUCAAAGGCUUAUUCGUGGAAAGCAUUCAUCCUUUCAUCAAUCAUUGUUGAGCUCCCAUGGCAGACGAUGAUGUGUGUCAUCAGUUUCUUCCUCUGGUAUUACCCCAUUGGGAUGUUCAGAAACGCUGAAGCUACCGGCUCUACCGCUGAGCGUGGUGGUUUGAUGUUCUUGUUGCUGUGGUCGUUCUACAUGUUUACGUCCACGUUCGCACACAUGAUGAUUGCCGGGAUCGAGACCGCAGAGGCGGGAAGCAAUUUGGCAAACUUGUUGUUCAUGUUGGUGUUUAUGUUUUGCGGUGUCCUCGCUACUGUAGACAGUCUUCCCGGCUUCUGGAUCUUCAUGUACCGCGUUUCGCCUUUCACAUAUCUCAUUAGUGCUAUGCUCUCAACGGCUAUAGCCAACGCCGAAGUCCACUGCUCCAAUAUCGAGUUCACAAUCUUCAACCCUCCCUCAAAUCAGACAUGUGCGGACUAUUUGGAGCCGUUCAUGUCAGUUGCUGGCGGAACUAUCGUUAACCCGACAGCGACUGCGGACUGUAGAUAUUGCUCAAUCGCGGAUACCAACACGUUCUUGUCGGCGCUGUCGAUCGAUUACGGCGACCGCUGGAGAAACUUUGGGUUGAUGUUGUGUUACUCUGUGUUCAAUCUCUCAAUGGCCAUCGUUAUUUACUGGCUGGCGAGAGUGCCGAAGAAUAGCAAGAAGAAGGCGGUGGUGGCGGCCAAGUAG